GCGUUAUCUCUGAACCCGCUCAAUCGAUAAUCAAACCCAGCACAGUGUCGCGGCUCAGCCACACUCUCUGAGGGGCUCUCAUGUUGUCAGUCUAGCCUUCAAUAUGUCAGACUGACUUCAACGGAACAAACUUGGAGAGAUAAAAACAAAGGUCAAGUGGUGCGGAUUGAAGACGAAGUUGAAGGUGUGUAAUGGGUUAACGGCGGAAGGCCUCGCCUCACCUUUAGUGCGCGUCACCCGGCUCCGUAAAGUGGCCCCACCAUCCAAAGCAAAGGGGGAAAAUCACCGCCUCUCGCCUCCGCCAGACGCGCACCCUCGCCUCGGUCGGUCUCGCAUCAUCCUGUCGGUGUCCGCCCCGCCGCUCCAUCACCACACACAGCCACAAGACGUCGGCAACUGGAGGAAUACGAGUGAUUUACCGGAGCCAUGAAGGACCGCAUGCAAGAACUUAAACACGGGAAGGAGACGACAGAGGAGGAGGACGAAGUCGCUGUGGGGAUGGACAAAGGCUUUAUGGAUGAAUUCUUUGAACAGGUGGAGGAGAUCCGGGGUUUUAUCGAAUCUCUGGCAGAGAAAGUUGAGGAGGUGAAGAGGAAGCACAGCGCCAUCCUCGCUUCACCUAACCCAGAUGAGAAAACUAAGGCCGAGCUGGAGGAUCUUAUGGCAGACAUCAAGAAGUUCGCCAACAAAAUACGCUCCAAAUUAAAGAGUAUUCAGCAAACCAUUGAACAAGAAGAAAGCCAGAACAAGGCAUCAGCUGACCUGAGGAUACGCAAGACACAGCACUCCACACUGUCCCGUAAGUUCGUUGAGGUGAUGUCAGAAUACAACACCACCCAGUCAGACUACAGGGAGCGCUGCAAGGGACGCAUUCAGAGACAGCUGGAGAUCACUGGGAGAAACACGACAAAUGAGGAGCUGGAGAGCAUGUUGGAGAGUGACAACCCGGCUAUCUUUACCUCGGGGAUCAUUAUGGACAACAUCACCGAGCAAGCUAUGAAUGAGAUUGAGACGCGGCACAAUGAAAUCAUCAAGCUGGAAAACAGCAUCAGAGAGCUUCACGACAUGUUCAUGGACAUGGCCAUGCUGGUGGAGAGCCAGGGUGAACUGGUGAACAACAUUGAGCGAAGUGUGCUGGACGCCUACGAAUUUGUGGAGCAGGCAAAGGAGAACAUCCCAAAAUGCAAAAAGUUAAAAAAGACAGGAAAACGGAAGGUGAUCCUGAUAGGAGGUUGUGUUGCAGCAUGUCUGACCGUCCUCAUUAUUUGCCUCGCAGUUGGACUCAGUUAGGACUCUAAGAUAUCCCUACAGAGCAGACAGGGCAGGACGGGAUGCCUGUUUCUUAGAGUCAUACGUUUGGCAGUUAAUAUAUACUAUAUAGUGGGGUCUAUAUUGUGCAGUCCAGAACUGCUUAGUAUAAAGCAAGCUUGCAUAAAUGCCCUGUGCACUCAAAUAUUUAAUAAUAACUUUUACAUACAUUCUUUAAUAUGUUUUCAAAACCUUCUUUACAGUCAAAAGUCCUGAGGAACUAACUCAUGCUUUGUGCCUGUGUCAUGAUUCACUCAGUGUACGUUUGUAGUGUGCAUGUUCUGCAGUCUGCUGAGCAGCUUUGCAUGUUUUUCUACAAACACAAAGCUGCAGAAAGGUGGUCAUGUCAAUCUAAUGUCUUUUCAAAGUGCUUAUAUCUCAGCAUAGUUCAUAAACAGCAAGCCUCUCACAUACUUACAGCAUUGAUCCCGAUAACGUUUUCGUCCUUGGUCACGGUAACAAAAUAAUUAACUUUAUCUUGUUUUAAGCAUUAAAGGAAUACUUUUCUACUCUACCAUAUGGGAAAUACACGUUGUUGUUUUGCCAGGAAUUAGGUGAAAGGAUUGAUAAAAAUGAAAGGAUUCUGAUUUUAGGGGGGUUGUUCUGGACUAUUUCUUGGCCUAGAGCAGUGACGUUUGAUAUCAGGCACAUAAAAAGAACUUUUUGAGAAAGUUUUACAGAUAUUAAACCUGAUUAUGUAUAAUACAAAGAUAACAUGCGUUUUGGGCCUCACAGGAUUUUGUAGUUUUAGUACCUUGAGUAGCCACUGGGAUAAAUUGGCAACAAAAUGUUUUUACAAUGCAAUUUGUUUUUACAAACCCAAUUUGUGACCAAUGUUUUUAAAAACCAAAUUUAUAUGGAUUAAACAAGAUGGAACAUUAGUGAGUCUACGAGGUUCUGGUAGGCAGAUUUAGUUAACUGUGGACAUAGCCAGGCUAGCUGUUUCCAAAAUUCUUUAUUUUUAUUUUAGAAAUUCAGAACAAUUACAAGCAAAAACUGGGACAGAAGAAAGUGUUCCAGGCCCAAAAAAUAGAGAGAGGUUAGACGGGAAGGAGGAAAACAAAAAAAGAACGCAACAGAAAGAGUGACGUCCACAGCUUACAAAUAAUACAUGCAGAAAACAGACAAACGCAUACAUAAUAUAUACAGACACUCACACAGACGGACGCAAGACAAGGGACCAAUCACAUACGCAAACCGAAGUAAAGGCUGAAGCACAAAGUCUUUCCUGGGGCUCCAUUAAUGCGAGCUGCACAUCCAAAAAAGAAAGGAUCCAUGUAUGAGCAGACAAGUCAUGAGGUAGUUUCCAGCAGGUUAAUCUUAGCAGCUGUAAGUCCAGUAAACACAGCAUGUUUUUGAGCCCUGGAGAGCUGAAUGUAUGACAGGUCACCCAGAAUCAAAACACCGACAGCAACAGGUACAGCAACCUCAAUCAAGGCGGAAGCCCUGGAUGCCUUUCCCUGUUACUUACUUUAUGCUAAGCUAAGCUAACCAGCUGCUGGCUCCAACUUCUUUUUUUACCAUACAUGAGAACAGUAUCAGUCCUCUCAUUUAACUAUUGGCUGCCAAAAUGAUAAACUAUUUCUUUAAGAAUUGAUGAAGACUUUUGAUUCCACAAGUUGGAUAUUGGCUGUUUAUGAAUGUGGAGGAACGCAUGGUCAAAAGACAUGUUUUGCAAUUUACCUUUAAAGCCACUGUGUAGAUUUUUGCA